AUGACGUUAAACUCUUCUUGCGCUUCUCAAGUCCAAGUGGACCAUUUGUCCAGUACCAACUAUCGCUUAGCGGCUACUCUCGCCCUUAUUGCGGUCCUACUCACAUUUAUACUAUCGAUCACUGCUGUCACCUACAUGUCCAAGAAGUCAAUCUUCCAAUCGGCAACUCGGCGGAUCCUAAUUUUCAAUAUUCUGUUUGCAAAUCUUCAUCAAGUUAUGUACGCUAUCUUUUCGAAGGACAUGCUCUCUAAGGGACUCUACAAGGUCGACGAACCCUGCGACUGGCUAGUCUCCGAACGUGACUGUGUCCCAUAUACCGUACUCCUCUACACCGGAAUCACUGGGAUGAUUCUAUCGCAGACCGGGGUGCUCAUUGAGAGGGCCUACGCCACUUUCCAUCCUCAAAACACCUCCCGCAUUCGUAGCAACCUCGCGGUUCUUCUAAUCAUUGUUGUGCUCCCUCUGAGCAUGUACAGCUAUCCGUUUAUUCUUCUGAAUGACCCCCUUGACGGGUUUAUUCUCACGUGCUUCAUCCCGGCCGCUCACAGUGCUCAUCGUGCCAAUAUGUUCUUGUUCAUUUGUCUCGUGGUGACCGUUUUGAAUUUCGUGGCGUCGGUCGCGUUGAAGUGGUACAAUAAGAAGUUGGAGUAUAGCUACCGCUUCAUUCUCGACAAACGCUUCAAACAACGUCAAGCGAUCGAGUCGACGCUAGUCAUCUGUGACGUCACCCUCUCCCAAUUCAUCACUUCUCUCAUCUAUUCCCUCGGCGUCUUCAUUCUCAGAAUGUACAUUGGUAUCAUUCCACUGUCCACUUUCUAUUCUUUAAUUGUUUGGGUUUAUACUGUCCCGUAUACUGCCUGCUUGCUACCAUUGAUCCUAUUAAUCCGUAUGGCAUCAAUGAAAAUGAAGCGGAAGAGGAAGAUUCAAGAUACUAUUACGCCACCGAAUAAGUUCGAGGAACAUUUCAGUGGGCUCAAGAAGCUGUGGGAUGGGAAUAAAGAGUUAGAGGACUAA